AUGAUGAGCGUGGACGAGAGUCUGCUCUGUUCCUUCCAGAUCCUGAAACCAGCCGAGAAAAAGCAAAAGUACGUUUACGGUGGCAUGAACGCCGGCGGUCCCGUCACUCCGCGAAAGCAAAGAAAGAAAUAA